AUGGAGAGAAAGACAGAGCGAAGGUAAGACAGAUGGAGAGAGAUGAUAUAUUCUGUGAGGGAGCGAUGUAGACUUUAUUGCAGACACACUGCAGAAGAUGAACCUUAUCCCCGCAAGAGCGGACUAGCAGAAGUAGGUCAUCUCUUGCAUUAAAAAUAACUUUUCCCCUGUGGCUUCCAGCGCUAACACUGUGCUAGCGUGGAGUCGGUGACGAGUCAUGUGCGACGGCUCUUAGUCAUCAAGCAGACUGUCAAGAAUUAAAACUUGAAAGCCUCGGAUAAAUAAGUGAUAACGGAAAUCCACCCUCCUGCCACAUGGGAGUAGUGUUCCCUGUGAAAUCUCUCCACAUCCGUCUGAGCGGUUCCCUGCAGACAUGUUGUGUUUGAGGGAUUGGAGUGCAUCCAUAUUCAGCCAUGUUCACAGCUAGAGGGUAGAUACCAUGUUUUGUCUUCAAACAGUACAGAAUGCUGUAUGCCUUGUUUGGCUUUGAGAACACCUAGUCUGUAUUGUCAUUGAUCCAUGUUUUAAUAUUCGUCAUUUCAAAGCAACUUUUUUUUUUUCUCCUUUUGUUUUCUUUCUCAUUCCUCAUUAGGAGAGAUGUAUCUGGAGAACACUAAUCACUGCCUCAUGCUGUACUGUACUGUGGAGCCUCCCCCAAUAGUGAUGUGGGUCAUUUUGGUUCCCAGCCGGCCAUUUCUGUUCAACUCGAACAUCAAGAAUAUUGCACAUCAGUGCAAAAAACAACAACCAUGUCAACAAUAAACCCUGCCAUUUAGGUACCUACAUGCUCGUGUGGGGGGAUGUGUCUUCCCUAUAAAAAUGUAAUUGACAUCUCACCUCACCGACUUAAAGGUUGGAAGUAACACGCCGCAGGAAAUCUGCCAAAAACAGUCAGUGGCCGACCAUCCUCUGCUGUCCCUGCGGUGUGUUCUAGGCAGGGACCACUUACUGGGUGGUGUUGGUCAUCUUUCCCAAUUCGACAUGUAGAAUCUGCCUUCGCUAAUGUCUUUCAACCGUGAGCCAGAGUGCCAGGGCACUUCACCCACACGAUAACGAAAAUGACACUUAAGAAAUGCAAAUAGGGGUGAGGAGGAGUCUACCGUGUCCGCAAGCGACUUCACCAUUCAUGUUCUCUAUUCAGGGUUCACUCAAACAUUAGUUUUUAAGCUUUGUUUUACUAUUGAGUUACAGCUGAUUUUGGGAUUGUAUAUCAAUUCGCUCUCCUUAAAUAUGUAAUCUGAUUUAUUCGUUUCAGUCUCUGAAUUGUUUAAUCAAUCUUUUGGCCGCCAUCUCCUGAUAUCAGGGCAUAAAAACUACAAUAAUUAGCCCAAAGCGCAAGUGUGGCGCAUGUGCAUCAAACUAGGCCCGAGCUUGUUUCCCUGGCUAAACUAGCUGGCUAGCUGAACUAUGCUAUUUUUCGUAGUCAUUGCACCCUCAACUUUAAAACUUCUUUGCAAGUUAUAAAAGCAUGUAACUAAUACAUUUGCUGUAAAGAAACUUGAAAAGGAUUGCUUGUUUUGUUGAAUAGUCAUGACUGGUUCAAGAUAUCUGUCAUAAGACGCCGGUGGCAAAGGAUAUCAUUGCUACUUAACACGGCUCCAAGUUCAGUUUUGAGAUCCACAUUGGCGUAGGUUAGCUACAUGUUUCUGACUGGUCUUGGAACUGUGUCAGCGGGCAACCUCUCCCCGCUUGGCUUAAUGGAUAUGUGAUGAUUUUGCCAACACAGUCAGAUAUGUACACAGUUUUGUAGCCUUAACCUUUUUUUAAACAGACUCUUAUUUUGCCCUCAGAACAUCCUAAAUUAAUCAGGGCAUGGACUAUACAAGGUGUUGAAAGCAUUCCAAAGGGAUGCUGGCCCAUGUUGACUCCGAUUCUACCCAAAGUUGUGUCAAGUUGGCUGGAUGUCCUUUGGGUGGUGGACCAUUCUUGAUAUAGACAGGAAACGGUUGAGUGUGAAAAACCUAGCAGUGUUGCAGUUCUUGACUCAAACCGGUGUGCCUGGCACCUACUACCAUACCCCGUUCAAAGGCACUUAAAUCUUGUCUUGCCCAUUCACCCUCUAAAUGGCACACAUACACAAUCCAUGUCUCAAUUCUCAAGGCUCCUUUAACCUGUCCACUCCCCUUCAUCUACACUGAUUUCAAGUGGAUUUAACAAGUGACAUGAAAAAGGGAUCAUAGCAUUCACCUGGUGAGUCGGUCAUGGAAAGAGCAGGUGUCGUUAAUGUUUUGUACACUCAGUGUAUAAGCUGUCAGCUAAGCCUGGGGGGUGCGUUCCAGAGCACUUUCCUGCCAACGGCCAGUCAAAAGCUGACACUGGCUGAAUUUCACCCAGUCUUUUUGGUUAUGGUAUAGCUUUAAGGCCACAUUCAUGACCAUGAGAGCUCAUUAUUUAAGAAUAGGGGCACUUUAUUCAAUCAAAACUGGUAUUCAGACAUGUCUGUGGUCUAGGCCUGGGCCUAAAACUAAAGUAUCCAUUUGGUGCAGGAAAUUGCAUUUGCUUUAGGUUCUCAGCUAAUCUGAUGAUUCACUUUUGUUUGAUCCAAGAUUACUCACUCGGUAAAGGCAGGAAGAUGCAUUUUUUUCUCUCUAGAACACGCGUCAUUCUUCCUUCCAUAAUCUGUCUUGAGCUCCCCGCUCUCCUGUCACAACUGAAUGGCAGAUGGGGUGAUUGCUUCUCCGGCUGUCCUAAAAGGCCCCAUCCUCGCGUUCUUUUGAUGAAUCAAUUAUUCCCACACCAUGGACGAAGUGCACUGUGUAGACUAGUUGACCAGCGGUCUUAAGCAGACCUCGCCGAGUGCCUCCAGCUGGUCUCUAUGGCUUAUCAACAGGGUAGGUUACUUUCUGAAUGUAAUCCUUUACUAAUUACCUGUCCAAAAUUUGUAUCAGUAACAACUUUUGGAUUACCCAAACUCAGUAACCUAAUCUGAUUACUUUCCGUUACUUUUUGAUUAUUUUCCCCUUAAGAGGCAUUAGAAGAAGACCGAAAGGAUCCAUGAAACGCAUUUGAUGUGUCGUCAAAGUGAUCUCUGAGUUGUGGUCAGACUCGCUCAGACGGGAAUAAACAAACGUGCACAUUUUUUCUAUGCUGAAUUGAAUGUCAUUGAGAAAACAAAGGUGUCAUAAUGUAUUUUUGCACAAACAUCCUUUCUGAAUUUUAAAGUAAUCCAAGAAGUAAUCCCAGAGUUUUUCAAAAGUAUCUGUAACCUGAUUACAAUAUUUUAGCGGGUACAAAACUGAUUACAGUUACUGUUGUUUUGUAAUCUGAUUACAUGUAGCUGAUUUUAUAUUUUUACAUUUUAGUCAUUUAGCAGAUGCUCUUAUCCAGAGCGACUUACAAUUAUUAUUAUUCUUUUAUGGGGUGUGGUGGGGGGGGGGGUAUAUACUAUUCCAGGUAUUCCUUAAAGAGGUAGGGUUUCAAGUGUCUCCGGAAGGUGGUCAGUGACUCCGCCGUCCUGGCGUCGUGGGGGAGCUUGUUCCAUCAUUGAGGUGCACGAGCAGCUAAUAGCUUUGACUGGGAACUGUGCUUCCGUAAAGGUAGGGGGGCUAGCAGGCCAGAGGUGGAUGAACGUAGUGCCCUCGUUUGGGUGUAGGGUCUGAUCAGAGCCUGAAGGUAAGGAGGUGCCGUUCCCCUCACAGCUCCGUAGGCAAGCACCAUGGUUUUGUAGUAGAUGCGAGCUUAAACUGGAAGCCAGUGGAGUGUGCGGAGGAGCAGGGUGACAUGAGAGAACUUCGGAAGGUUGAACACCAGACGGGCUGCAGCGUUCUGGAUAAGUUGUAGGGGUUUAAUGGCACAGGCAGGGAGCCCAGCCAACAGUGAGUAGCAGUAAUCCAGACGGGAGAUGACAAGUGCCUGGAUUAGGACCUGUGCCGCUUUCUGUGUAAGGUAGGGUCGUACUCUGCAAAUGUUGUAGAGCAUGAACCUGCAGGAUCGGGUCACCACUUUGAUGUUAGCGGAGAAUGACAGGGUGUUGUCCAGGGUCACGCCAAGGUUCUUUGCACUCUGGGAGGAGGACACAAUGGAGUUGUCAACCGUGAUGGCGAGAUCAUGGAGCGGGCAGUCCUUCCCUGGGAGGAAGAGCAGCUCCGUCUUGCCGAGGUUCAGUUUGAGGUGGUGAUCCGACAUCCACACUGAUAUGUCUGCUAGACAUGCAGAGAUGAGAUUCGCCACCUGGUUAUCAGAAGGGGGAAAGGAGAAAAUUAAUUGUGUGUCAUCUGCGUAGCAAUGAUAGGAGAGACCAUGUGAGGAUAUGACAGAGCCAAGUGACUUGGUGUAUAGAGAGAAUAGGAGAAGGCCUAGAACUGAGACCUGGGGGACACCAGCGGUGAGAGCACGUGGCGCGGAGACAGAUUCUCGCCACACCACCUGGUAGGAGCGACCUGUCAGGUAGGACGCAAUCCAAGAGUGAGCAGCGCCGGAGAUGCCCAACUCGGAGAGGGUGGAGAGGAGGAUCUGAUGGUUCACAGUAUCAAAGGCAGCAGAUAGGUCUAGAAGGAUAAGAGCAGAGGAGAGAGUUAGCUUUAGCAGUGCGGAGAGCCUCCGUGACACAGAGAAGAGCAGUCUCAGUUGAAUGACCAUUCUUGAAACCUGACUGGUUUGGAUCAAGAAGGUCACUCUGAGAGAGAUAGCAGUAGAGUUGGCUAGAGACGGCACGCUCAAGAGUUUUGGAGAGAAAAGAAAGAAGGGAUACUGAUCUGUAGUUGUUGACAUCGAAGGGAUCGAGUGUAGGUUUUUUGAGAAGGGGUGCAACCCUCGCUCUCUUGAAGACUGAAGGGACAUAGCCAGCGGUCAAGGAUGAGUUGAUGAGCGAGGUGAGAUAAAGGAGAAGGUCUCCGGAAAUGGCCUGGAGAAGAGAGGAGGGGGUAGGGUCAAGCGGGCAGGUUGUUGGGCGGCCGGCCGUCACAAGUCUGAAGAUUUCAUCUGGAGAGAGAGAGGAGAAAGAAGUCAAAGCAUAGGGUAGGGCAGUGUGAGCAGGACCAGCAGUGUCAUUUUACUUAAUAAAUUAGGAUCGCAUGUUGUCAAACUUCUUUUCAAAAUGGUUGACGAAGUCAUCCACAGAGAGGGAUGAGGGAGGGGGAGGGGGAGGAGGAUUCAGCAGGGAGGAGAAAGUGGCAAAGAGCUUCCUAUGGUUAGAGGCAGAGGCUUGACAUUUAGAGUGGUAGAAAGUGGCUUUAGCAGCAGAAACAGAGGAAGAAAAUGUAGAGAGGAGGGAGUGAAAAGAUGACAGGUCCGCAUGUAGUCUAGUUUUCCUCCAUUUCCUGUUCUGUGAGCUCGCAAUGAGUUGUCAAGCCACGGAGCAGGAGGGGAGGACCGAGCCGGCCGGGAGGAUAGGGGACAUAGAGAGUCAAAAGAUGCAGAAAGGGAGGAGAGGAGGGUUGAGGAGGCAUAAUCAGGAGAUCGGAGGGAGAAGGAUUUAGCAGAGGGAAGAGAUGAUAGGAUGGAAGAGGAGAGAGUAGCGGGAGAGAGAGAGCGAAGGUUGCGACGGCACAUUACCAUCUGAGUAGGGGCAGAGUGAGUAGUGUUGGAGGAGAGCGAGAGAGAAAAGGAUAAAAAGUAGUGGUCGGUGACUUGGAGGGGAGUUGCAGUGAGAUUAGUAGAAGAACAGCAUCUAGUAAAGAUGAGGUCAAGCGUAUUGCCUGCCUUGUGAGUAGGGGGGGACGGUGAGAGGGUGAGGUCAAAAGAGGAAAGGAGUGGAAAGAAGGAGGCAGAGAGAAAUGAGUCAAAGGCAAACGUAGGGAGGUUAAAGUCACCCAGAACUGUGAGGGGUGAGCCAUCCUCAGGACAGGAGCUUAUCAAGGCGUCAAGCUCAUUGAUGAACUCUCCAAGGGAACCUGUAGGGCGAUAAAUGACAAGGCUGUUAAGCUUGAAUGGGCUAGUGACUGUGACAGCAUGGAAUUCAAAUGAGGAGAUAGACAGAUGGGUCAGGGGGAAAAGAGAGAAUGUCCACUUGGGAGAGAUGAGGAUUCCUGUGCCACCGCCGUGCUGACCAGAUGCCCUCGGGGUAUGCGAGAACACAUGGUCAGACGAGGAAAGAGCAGUAGGAGUAGCAGUGUUUUCUGUGGUAAUCCAUGUUUCCGUCAGCGCCAAGAAGUCGAGGGACUGGAGGGUAGCAUAGGCUGAGAUGAACUCUGCCUUGUUGGCUGCAGAACGGCAGUUCCAGAGGCUGUCGGAGACCUGGAACUCCACGGUAGUCGUGCGCCUAGGGACCACCAGAUUAGAGUUGCAGCAGCCACGCGGUGUGAAGCGUUUGUAUGGCCUGUGCAGAGAGGAGAGAACAGGGAUAGACAGACACAUAGUUGACAGGCUACAGUAAUUACUAUCCAACCCUGCUUAUCAAAUACACAAAGCAUGGCAAAUGUAGACCUGUGUCAACUGAGGCUUUAUUUAUCUAUUUUAUGUAGGCUAUUUAACUAGAUGAGUGAGUUUCCCGUGAAUUGCUAGCACUAUUAGAAUUGAGCUAUUCAAUCACUGAGCUUAGCCAUUGACGUGAUAGUCUAGCCAUUGAUCUCAUUGGGCCUAGCGAUUUUGCAAAAAUAUGCAAAUGUGGCUAUAUGCCUAUGGUGAUGUUCUAAGAUUUACGUUAAAGUACAAUCAUUUCUUAUGAAUUAUGGCAUCGAUGUACUCCAUAGAACGAGUUCCAUGCAUCUUAGGUUUUGGAUUUUUCUUGUUGAGUUCUGUUGGUGGUUAGCCAUUAGAAGCCUUUGGGCUACUUUUUCCAAAGUAUGUCAUGGUGAACUGAAAAUAGAAUAUCUUGAUCAGUCAUGUUUAAAAAUUCAGAUGCUCCAAAAAAAAAAAAGUUAAGCAGAUCCAAUUGUACUAACUCAGCAACUAAUAAUUAGAUCAUGCAAAAGCACCAAAUCGACAUGUUAUUUGUUUGCUUCAAAUCCUUUUUGAGAUUCCUGUCAGUCAGAACAACAACUGCUCUGCUACUUUUUCUUCAGUGGGCAACCAACGUUUUCUUUUGUCAGAACUGCACUGUUCAUUUUUUCAAGCAGUUUUUGAAGUACCUCCCUCCCUACCCACUUACUCAUACUCUUUCGCACUCGCUUGAUCGCUUUCUACUCAUCCUCCGCCUUGUGUUUUGGGGAAAAAAGCUAGGUCCUGGCUGUCAAUAAGGAGCUGCUCGACAGUUCAUCUCUCAGCAGAGGAGCCUCCCUGGUUGCCAGGAAGCCUCUUUGAUUUUCACACUGCACUUCCUGCCCGCUUCACACAGGGCUCGGGCUGCCAGAUAAAAGGAUAACAGCCACUCGUUUCCAGCCUCUUGCGUUCCAGCAAACGGAGAACCCCCCCCCCCCCCCCCCCCCCCUCCAUUACCCGCAAACCCUUAACUAGAAGGCUGAUUCACACGACACAGCCCUCGGGCAAAAAUUUUUUUCCCUAAUCCACUUGAGGUGGGGUAUUUCCCUCCGCCGAACUGUCGGUAUAAAUGAGUCUUGUAAAUGGGGUUCUUGGAUUUUUAUGUAGCAGACAGAAUGCUUUGUGGUGCAUUGAACCGGAUUGUGCUGUGGUUUCCACAUUUUCAUUGUGUGUACGAUGCAUUGUUAGUGUGGCGUUAAAUUAGGAUUUUCCCCACUUUGACAAGUGCCACGUUAAUCGAUUGCUUCAGAUUUAGUUAUUUAUAUGUAUACUGAAUGCCGAAUAUGUUUUCCUGUUUUAUGGGUAUGUUGAUAAGUGUAUAAUUUGUGUGUUUUCAUUCAGGACGUACGCCUUGCGCCGGGUGCAGGAUGCCUUCAGGGCGAACCGGAGCGUAGAAGACCCUAAAAUGGUGGAGCAGCUCUUAAACCAGGGCAGAGACAACCUAGACAUCAUCCGGAGACAGGUAGGCCUACCACAGACACACACACACACACACACACACAAACACUGGUUCAUGGAAGAACAAAGUUAUUCCAGCGAGGACUUAAGUAUUUUGAUGCUCACAGCAUAAUCUACUUUUUCCCCCACAAUAAUUUAUCCAAAGAAAUGUUUUCCAUUAAUCAUCCAACUCAACCAAAAUAUCACCUGGCCAGAAUACCUCGGAGUCUGUACUUGAGUUUCUAAGAACCAUGGGGGGUUAUUUUUCCCCCAUCCUCUUUACGUUGCUCACUCCCCCAGAUAUAUGUUAGUUGAGCACCUGAUUAGUGUCCACCUGUCGACUCUCGCACUGCGCCAGAGUGCUAAUCACAACUGAUGCCCUGCUGUUGGCCGCUUUGUUCCCAUAAUGCACCUCCAACCGCCCAGCCCAUCCCAUCCCAUCCCAGGGGACCAUGGCCAAGGCUGCAGCCCUCGCUCUCUCUCGGUCUCUGUCUUUCUUGGUGUCUCUCUCUUUAUUUAGCUACGUCUAUCUGUCGCUGUUUCUCGCUGUUGAUCUCUCUUUCUCGAGUUUCUCUCUGGUUCUGAGUGUAUGAUUUGCACUCCAUUCUAUUGGGCAUUGUCCUCUAACACCUAACCUUGGUUCCCCAAGGCUCUGUGUGUUGUGCUGAUAACCAGCAGAAAUUAAUGACUUGGUCCAUGACCUAAAUAAUAAAGAAGAAAGGCAAUUGGCAAAACACAGUAAUGUAUGCAUUGAGAUGCAUGCAGCUCGUCCAAUGAUAUACAUAUUGUGACGUAUAUAUUGUUUAUGUCUGUCUAUGGGCUUAUCCUCCAGGCCUAUACAAUGAGGAUAUAGAAUGAAAACCAAUACAAUUAUGUAACAUUGCUCUACAUCUCGCGAGCGUUCUUCGAAGUCUAGAGCUAAUGUCGAGAGAGACUAGUACUGUUAAGAUAGCUAAUGUGUGUGUAAGUGAAGCUGUGUGGGUGGCACUGCCCACUGCUCUGUCACUGAGCCAGAGCAGCUGCGUACGUGUGUACUUACUGUGAUCUGUGUGUGUGCUUGCAUAUCCCAGCAGAUGCGAAACAGCCUUAUGUAGAGGACAAGGCCCACGUCUCCCACACACACCACAUGCAUAUGGAUGCUCAAAUAUACACCCUUGUUAUAUACACACCAAGCAUGUCGUGACAACCUCAACCUUGUGUGCCCAAGCAAGUAUAGCACUUUUGGCACAGAGAAUAUUCUUGGCUCUCUGCCUCUCUCUCCAGCGGGCACCACAGUGUGAGUGCCAACGCAGGCGGGCAUGAGUGGCACCGCACUGUGUUUGGGUGGAGUGAGUCACACUAUGCCCACUCACCCCCUCAACCACACACACGCAGGCCCUCCUGCAUACACAUGAAGCCUUACACAACCCCGUGUAAUAUGUUGUGUGUUUGAUAAUGACAGAUUGGUGUCUUUACCACAUGCAGUACGUGUAUGUGGUGCAUUGCUGAUGGGAUAAGGAUGACUAAGCCAUUCACUUGCUCACCAAUUACUCUGUAGUCCCUGUAUACACAGCCCUCUCCAGCUUCAAAAGAAGAGGCUAGAUCUUUAUUCAUCCAUUUGCACCAAAAUGUAUUUGCCGUCAGACUGUACCCAACCUGACACACCGCACACAGAACAGAUAAAAUCAAAUCAAAUGUUCUUUGUCACAUACACGUGUUUAGCAGAUGUUAUAGCGGGUGUAGCGAAAUGCUUGUGCUUCUAGCUCUGACAGUGCAGUAAUAUCUAACAAUUACACAACAUAUAUCCAAUACACACAAAAAAGUAAGGAAUGGGAUUUAAGAAUAUAUACAUACAGUGGGGAGAACAAGUAUUUGAUACACUGCCGGUUUUGCAGGUUUUCCUACUUACAAAGCACACUUCAACUGUGAGAGGCGGAAUCUAAAACAAAAAUCCAGAAAAUCACAUUGUAUGAUUUGUAAGUAAUUAAUUUGCAUUUUAUUGCAUGACAUAAGUAUUUGAUACAUCAGAAAAGCAGAGCUUAAUAUUUGGUACAGAAACCUUUGUUUGCAAUUACAGACAUCAUACGUUUCCUGUAGGUCUUGACCAGGUUUGCACACACUGCAGCAGGGAUUUUGGCCCACUCCUCCAUACAGACCUUCUCCAGAUCCUUCAGGUUUCGGGGCUGUCGCUGGGCAAUACGGACUUUCAGCUCCCUCCAAAGAUGUUCUAUUGUGUUCAGGUCUGGAGACUGGCUAGGCCACUCCAGGACCUUGAGAUGCUUCUUACGGAGCCACUCCUUAGUUGCCCUGGCUGUGUGUUUCGGGUCGUUGUCAUGCUGGAAGACUCAGCCACGACCCAUCUUCAAUGCUCUUACUGAGGGAAGGAGGUUGUUGGCCAAGAUCACGCGAUACAUGGCCCCAUCCAUCCUCCCCUCAAUAUGGUGCAGUCGUCCUGUCCCCUUUGCAGAAAAGCAUCCCCAAAGAAUGAUGUUUCCACCUCCAUGCUUCAUGGUUGGGAUGGUGUUCUUGGGGUUGUACUCAUCCUUCUUCUUCCUCCAAACACGGCGAGUGGAGUUUAGACCGAAAAGCUCUAUUUUUGUCUCAUCAGACCACAUGACCUUCUCCCAUUCCUCCUCUGGAUCAUCCAGAUGGUCAAUGGCAAACUUCAGACGGGCCUGGACAUGUGCUGGCUUGAGCAGGGGGACCUUGCGUACGCUGCAGAAUUUUAAUCCAUGACGGCGUAGUGUGUUACUAAUGGUUUUCUUUGAGACUGUGGUCCCAGCUCUCUUCAGGUCAUUGACCAGGUCCUGCCGUGUAGUUCUGGGCUGAUCCCUCACCUUCCUCAUGAUCAUUGAUGCCCCACGAGGUGAGAUCUUGCAUGGAGCCCCAGACCGAGGGUGACUGGUUGGUAGGUGAUCAAAUACUUAUGUCAUGCAAUAAAAUGCAAAUUGAUUACUUAAAAAUCAUACAAUGUGAUUUUCUGGAUUUUUGUUUUAGAUUCCACCUCUCACAGUUGGUGUACCUAUGAUAAAAAUUACAGACCUCUACAUGCUUUGUAAGUAGGAAAACCUGCAAAAUCGGCAGUGUAUCAAAUACUUGUUCUCCCCACUGUAUAUGGACAAGCAAUGACAGAGCGGCAUGGACUAAGAUACAGAAGAAUAUUAUAGAAUAGAAUGCAGUAUAUACAUAUGAGAUGAGUAGUGCAAGAUAUGUAAACAUUUAUUAAAGUGACUAGUGUUCCAUUUCUUAAAGUGGCCAGUGAUUUCAAUAGGCAGCAGCAGCCUCUAAUGUGCUAGUGAUGGCUAUUUAAAAGUCUGAUGGCCUUGAGAUGGAAGCUGUUUUUCAUUCUCUCGGUCCCAGCUUUGAUGCACCUGUACUGACCUCACCUUCUGGAUGAUAGCGGGGUGAACAGGCAGUGGCUCGGUUGGUUGAUGUCCUUGAUGAUCUUUUUGGCCUUCCUGUGACGUCGGGUGCUGUAUGUGUCUUGGAGGGCGGAUAGUUUGCCCCCGGUAAUGCAUUCGGCAGACCGCACCACCCUCUGGAGAGCCCUGCGGUUGUGGGCGGUACAGUUGCCGUACCAGGCGGUGAUACAGCCCGACAGGAUGCUCUCAAUUGUGCAUCUGUAAAAGUUUGUGAGGGUUUUAGGUGAUAAGCCACAUUUAUUCAGCCUCCUGAGGUUGAAGAGGCUCUUUUGCACCUUCUUCACCACACUGUCUGCGUGGGUGGACAAUUUGAGUUUGUCGGUGAUGUGUACGCCAAGGAACUUGAAGCUUUCCACCUUCUCCACUGCGGUCCCGUCGAUGUGGAUAGGGGGGUGCACCCUCUGCUGUUUGCUGAAGUCCACGAUCAUCUCUUUUGUUUUGUUGAUUUUGAGUGCAAGGUUAUUUUCCUGGCACCACACUCCCAGAGCCCUCACCUCCUCCCUGUAGGCUGUCUAGUCAUUGUUGGUAAUCAAGCCUACUACUGUUGUGUCGUCUGCAAACUUGAUGAUUGAGUUGGAGGCGUGCUUGGCCACGCAGUCAUGGGUGAACAGGGAGUACAGGAGGGAGCUGAGCACGCACCCCUGUGAGGCCCCAGUGUUGAGUAUCAGCGAAGUGGAGAUGUUGUUUCCUACCUUCACCACCUGGGGGCGGCCCGUCAGGAAGUCCAGGACCCAGUUGCACAGGGCGGGGUUCAGACCCAGGGCCUCAAGGUUAAUGAUGAGCUUGGAGGGUACUAUGGUGUUGAAUGCUUAGCUAUAGUCAAUGAACAGCAUUCUUACAUAGGUAUUCCUCUUGUCCAGAUGGGAAUGGGCAGUUUGCAGUGUGAUGGCAAUUGUAUCGUCUGUGGAUCUAUUGGGGCGGUAAGCAAAUUGAAGUGGGUCUAGGGUGACAGGUAAGGUAGAGGUGAUAUGAUCCUUGACUAGUCUCUCAUAGCACUUCAUGAUGACAGAGGUGAGUGCUACACGGCGAUAGUAAUUACAUUUUUUACCAGUUACCUUUGCUUUCUUGGGUACAGGAACAAUGGUGGCCAUUUUGAAGCAUGUGGGAACAGCAGACUGGGAAAGGCAGAGAUUUAAUAUGUCCAUGAACACACCAGCCAGCUGGUCUGCGCAUGCUUUGAGGACGCGGCUAGGGAUGCCGUCUGGGCCGGCAGCCUUGCGGAGGUUAACAUGCUUAAAUGUCUUAAUCACGUCGGCCAUGGAGAAGGAGAGGCCACAGUCUUUGGUAGUGGGCCUCGUCAGUGGCACUGUGUUAUCCUCAAAGCGGGCAAAGAAGGUGUUUAGGUUGUCUGGAAGCGAGACGUCCGUGGCUGGUUUUCUUUUUGUAGUCUGUGAUUGUCUGUAGAUCCUGCCACAUACGUCUCGUGUCUGAGCCGUUGAAUUGCGACUCCACUUUGUCUCUAUACUGAUGUUUUGCCAGUUUAAUUGCCUUGCGGAGUGAGUAGCUACACUGUUUGUAUUCUGCCAUAUUCCCAGUCACCUUGCCAUGGUUGAAUGCGGUGGUUCGCGCGUUCAGAUUUGCGUGAAUGCUGCCGUCUAUCCACGGUUUCUGGUUAGGGUAGGUUUUAAUAGUCACAGUGGGCACAACAUCACCUAUACACUUCCUGAUAAACUCUGUCACUGUUUCAGUGUAUAUGUCUAAAUUAUUUUCUGAAGCUACCCGGAACAUAUCCCAGUCCGCGUGAUCAAAACAAUCUUGAAGCAUGGAUUCCGAUUGGUCAGACCAGCGUUGAAUAGUCCUUAGCACGGGUACUUCCUGUUUGAGUUUCUGCCUAAUAGGAAGGGAGAAAUAAAAUGUUUGCCGAAAGGAGGGCGGGGGAGGGCCUUAUAACCAUCCCGGAAGUUUGAAUAGCAAUGGUCGAGGAUUUUAGCAGCGCGAGUACAACAGUCGAUAUGUUGAUAGAACUUCGGCAGCCUAGUCCUCAAAUUUGCUUUGUUAAAAUCCCUGGCUACAAUAAAUGCAGCCUCAGGAUAUGUGAUUUCCAGUUUGCAUAAGGUCCAGUGAAGUUCUUUGAGGGCCGUCGUGGUAUCUGCUUGAGUGGGGAUAUACACGGCCGUGACUAUAACCGAAGAGAAUUCUCUUGGGAGACAAUACGGUCGGCAUUUGAUUGUGAGAAAUUCUAGGUCGGGUGAACAGAAGGACUCGAGUUCCUCUAUGUUACUACAAUUACACCAUGAGUGGUUAAUCAUGAAACACACUCCUCCACCCUUCUGCUUCCCGGAGAGAUAUUUAUUCCUGUCUGCGCGAUGAACUGAGAACCCAUCUGGCUGGACCGAUUCCGACAGAAUAUCCCAAGAGAGCCAUGUUUCCGUGAAACAGUGUAUGUUUGCCCGUAGUUCGUCGACUUUGUUAUCCAAAGAUUGAAGAUUAGCGAGUAGAGUACUUGGAAGCGGUGGGUGGUGUGCGCGCCUCCUAAGUCGGACCAGCAGGCCGCUCCGAGUGCCUCUUCUCCGCCGGCGAUGUUUUGGGUCAGACGCUGUAAUCAGUUCAGUUGCCCUGGGGAGAGCAAACAAGGGAUCUGCUUCGGGAAAGUCGUAUUCCUGGUCGUAAUGCUGGUGAGUUACCGCCGCUCUGAUAUCCAGUAGUUUUUCCCGGCUGUAUGUAAUGAUGCAAAACACUUUCAGAGCUGCUAAUGUAAAAAAAAAUACCAAAAAAUACAUAAAUACUGCAAAGUUUCCUCAGAGAUAGUCGCGAGGCUGCCAUCUUCGUCGGCGCCAGGUCAAUGUGCAUAGGAGCAUUAAGUGCCUUGCACAAGGGUACAAUCGCAUAUUUCCCCGUCAGCCCUGGGAUUUGAACCGGCAACCCUUGGGUUACUCGCUCGCCUCUCUAACCUCCGGGCUAGCCUCACAACCCACCGUGUUUAUCUUGCUUUGUCGCUUUUUUUUUUGCCAUUUGUUCUGUUGUCUGCUCCACCAUCAUCCCUACUCCUACACACGGUUACCAAAAAAGCCCGGGGGGGGGGGGGCAUUCAUUUUAAGCCCUACCCUUGCGUACGACGUUCAGGCCCUACCCUAUCCAGGCCCAAUUGCUUCUGCCAAAUUUAAGGGCCAGCCCGAAACCCGAUAUCAGAAAUAUCUUCCUCUGAUAGUAAAUCCAUUAGCUGCUCCUCUCUGUCAUUUGCUCCCUGGACGCUGCUCGCUAUGCAUGUUAUCUGAUAAUGGCGGCUCUGAGUAGUGUUGUUAGGAUAUGAUACCAGAUUUUCCUUGGCAAAAAAGAACACGAAGCAGGCUAAACUCUAUGGUCGUUUUAAAACCUACUUUUGUAAAAUAUUGUGUGCUAUAACUGGGUGACAACAUAAGGCUGUUUUUUCCAACAUUAGGACAGUUUUCCUCAAGAAAUUGAGUCAAGUUCAUGUUUUGUUUCCUUUGCUUCCUUACUUCCUAGUAACGCGAUACUGUUAUCGUGACAACACUAGCUCUGAGUAUCCAUAGCAACGGCUCCGCUUGGGCCGACUAGACAUGAGAGAGCAGUUAGCUACUUUUCAUCACUCUAAACUCCGACAAAAUUCAAUGAACAUUAUUAUAUAUAAUCUCUCCUGUCUUUUAUUUGACGAGGUUGAAGCACUUCUGACACCAUGUUAUGAUCUUAGUCAUAUGACUGUACUGUGCAGCAUAGCACGAGCAAAUGGGUCGGCUUCAAAAUGUUAUCAAAUUAUUAAGUCCCCUGCCCGGCCUGUCGGGCUCGGGUCGGGUAGCAGAGCUCUAGGAUAUAUACAUUAUUAAUAUGCCCCCUAUCUCAAAAUACACUUUAGUUAGGGGAGGGGGGAGGGGGAGGGGUAAAAAGCAUCAAAUCUCUGGCUUCAGGUUCAGCAAUAGCUCUCACAGCACUAGAAUCCCAUUUCUAUAACGGCGUGCUUGGCAGUGUGACGAAGGCAGGCUAACGAAUUUCAGAUCAUUUUGGCUCACACAUUUUUUUUUUAAAUGCCAUUGAUGAGUAACUCGGCUAAAAACUGUAUAUACCCAGCCACAGGACAACAAAGGCAUGUUUAUUGUAUAGCCAGGGCUCCAAGUGCAACCAUUUGGUUAGAAAUUUUAGUUGGUCACCUCACUCAACAACAUUUUUGUGGUGUCUGGCUAAAACCAUGAUUUGGUCAGACAGUUAAAGAUGCAGUCCGGGAUCUUAAGCACUUAGAAAUUCACAACAUAUUGUCAUUUUCUAUUUGUAUUUUCAGGAUGGAGCAUAUACGAAAUGGAUGACAUGGUGCACAAUUUUCAGGGACCCGUUUUGGGUAGUGAGCACCACUUUCAAAACUACUGGCUGAAAUUAUUCAAAAGCUCUGGAGCAUCACUUUAAGUAAACAUACAUUGAUUUGACUCCUGCCAUGAAAGUAUCUGCCCUGCCCCUGACAGUGCCUAUUUUAGCUGGUGGCUGUGAUGAGCGAGCCUUUUUCACUCCCUCUUCCGAAUGUGCGCUCUGAGUAUAGGGAGAGAAAAAAUGCAUUCUGAUUGUGCAACAUUUCAAAAUGCAAUUGCAGGGAAAAAUACUGCUUUGGAAGCAAGUAUACUGUUAGUUGAAGAGAGGAGGGUCUCGGCUUUCUGUGGGUAUCAGAUGUAUUGCUGAACUCUCAAUAUUGAGCGAAAUUGCACAAUUUUACAACCAACGUUUCUGGCAUGACUUUGAGAUACGGAGCCGAGUUGGCCGUUUGCGUUUCUGAGUUUUGGAGGAAGGAAAUAACUUUCUGUAUCCCCCCUAUCCCCAGCCAGUCCUAUCAAGCCCCCGGGAAAAAUUUGCUCGACUGUAUUUCCAAAAGCUGAAUGAGAUUGCUUUCGGGGCUGCACCCAUCUGUUAAUCUGCACUACUUAAAGGUGGCCAGCUUCAAUUUGAGAGGGCGAUAUAACUUCCCAUGAUAAUCCAGAUAGAGCCGUAGUGCUAAAGUUAGCAUAUUCUAAUAUUGCCAUUAUUGCUAUAAUGUAGUCCUUAUCCAUAGCAAUUUACACUUAGCAAAUGCUGUCCCUAUGUUCCCACCAAUUUAGCCGUUUGAGCCACUGUGGGGGGUUUUGUUACAUCAGACAGACAUACUCCUGGCCCCUGAUACCAGUCAUGGUGGGCUAAUCUUUCCUAUGGGGGUUUGAAAUAUCCCUUCCCUCAUGUGAGUCAUGUCAGUUACUAGUCUUUCUGCUAGACACCCCUGUUCUAACUGUCCCUUCUAUUCUUUCUCAUCUCUGCCCUUUCUUGGUCCUUUGCUGCAGUAAAUUGUCGGUCUUUGAUACGUCGGCUUGAAUGUAACUAUGAUGGAUUGCACCUGCAGGAUGGUAUUUAUGUUGGGAACCGCAGUAUGAUCUUGCCAAAACUAAUGUGGCCUUUCUCUUAAUGGGAGAACAAAUAAAAAAGAUCCCUUUGUACAAAUGCCAUUGGAUCUGCUUGAGCGUGUCCUUUUUGUUCUCUCUCUUUUCUAUUUCUCUCUGUCUGUGUGUGUGUGUGUGUGUGCCUCCAUGUACCAGACAUCGUCCGUCAGCCCGUAUCGGAUCCUUGAGAAAUGAUAUUGCCAGCGAGUGACAAUUCUAUGACCAUGACUUCCAUUGCACUCUUGCUUGAAAUAAACUAUGGAUCUGAUUUACCUAUCCAGUGUUCCCGCUAAUAUUGUACUCUGCAGGGCAAUCCUUCACAAGUGGCUGCUACUAAUGGCACUUGAUGUCAAAGCCUUUCAAUCAUUCUGUGCAAUGAAGAUGAAAUGUCAGUUUAGUGAAUUAUAUCGGACAUGUACUGUGCAGCGACACAAGGCUCUGUAGCAGGACCCAACUACGGCCCAUUCAAUCUGGCCCUCGGGAGGUUUGAUUGUUAUGGUUUUAAAAAAAACACUCCAGGCUACUCUUGAACGUCUAAAACUAGAUAAUAAUAUAAUAAUAAUAUGCCAUUUAGCAGACGCUUUUAUCCAAAGUGACUUACAGUCAUGUGCGCAUACAUUUUUACGUAUGGGUGGUCCCGGGGAUCGAACCCACUACCCUGGCAUUACAAGCGCCAUGCUCUACCAAUUGCGCUACAGAGGACCAAAGUAUAUAGAAAUUAUAAUGGACCUAUAUAUUUUACAAUAAUAGCAAUUUUCUGAAUUUCGAAAAAUCAGGACGUGGCCAAAAUGUUUGCCCACCCCUGCUCUAUAGGCUAGCCGCUACUGGCACAAUAGGGCUGUCCUAGUGAUGUGAUGUCACACUGCACAUAUAUUUCAUCAGAACCACAAACAUGGCUCAGUGGAAGUCAGAAGGCAGAAAAUCAUGGAGUGCAGCAGAGAUUGAGGGAUACAUAAUAAGUCUGCCGUGUACAGAACCAACUGUUUUCUUAGUUAUCAGGUUUCUCUUGGGUCACUUAUGGAGAAAUGGUACAGCAUCCAUCUUUGGAGACCUCGAGUAUAUUUCAGUAUCAUGUGUCCUCAUCCAAACAUCUCAUAAAGAUUGCCAAUCUCAAGAUGAAAGAAAGAUGUGUUUUGGAAGACAACGUGCAUCUCAUUAUCUUCAUAAUGAGCACACGGCAUUUUGUGUGUGAAUGUGUGUGUGGUGUGUGCAUGCACAAGUGUGUGCUUGUCUAUGUGUGUACACACUUGUACAAUUGUAUGUGUGUGGGCCUUGAACAGAGUGACUGGCAUAACCCAGUAAGCACAUUAACACAUCCGUAGGAGGCGAAAGCAUGUGUCUCCAUCACUCCUGAUUCAGGACUAAACAAGCUUUAAAUGGCUCUUCUUCCACUCUCACUGAGUGGGAAAACAGGGGAGUUGAGGAAUGUCCCCUUUGAGUCAUUACCCAUGCUGCCCCGUUGCUCUGGUCGCUGCCCCGGGUCAGAUAACCACCCACAUUGUCACAUUCACACACAGUUCUGUGUCCUGUGACUGCAAUUGAAGAUGCUAGACCGUUACAAGAGGGGAGCGAGAGAGAGUGUGCAUCAGUGGGGUGCUUAGAUAAAGAAAUGAGAUGCGGGGGGGAAUGGGUGAGGGAGAGGUUGCUGAAGCGAAGUAGAGACGGGUGCUGUAAUGGGAGAAAAAUAAACUGAAUGUAAGAGUGCUUGGAGAAAUGGCAGAUAUACAAUCAAUGUGUUUGAGGGGAUCAGUUGUUUUAAGCAAGGCAAGGUGCAAAAUCCAAUUUUGAUCACAAUGUUAUUUGGACUGUGAUUUGUAGAUCAAUGAUUCUGCACACUGAUUGCAAUGUAGUUGCUCUCAAACAUGCACAAUAUAAUGUGUCUAGAAAUGGGGUUGUCUUGACCUGAUUUGCUACUGGUCGCUAUGUUCCUUCCCUAACUCCACUACAGUGUCCUGGAGUUGGCUACAUUGCUUCAAAGGUUCAGUGAAGUAAAACAUGUGGCUCACACAACCACUUUCCAUCCAGGUACAAUGAAGAACCCAAUAAAAUUUGACCACAUUGACCCACCUGUGUUUCUCUUUUGGUUUUAAUAGAGUUUUAACAGCUGGAUCCGGACCGCUAGCCUCUUAUCCAAUAAUGCCUCUGAGCACCUGUGGGGAGUGAGGCUGUAAAGUGCCCAAUAAAAGCGGAAUUGUUUGCAGAGAGCCUGGCAGGGGCUGCCAAAUAGCACUGUGCCAAAUAUACUGCUGAGCAAGCUGGGGAGAGGUAGAUGUAUUCCUCCUGAGCUUCCACCACCGAACGUUGCAUUCUAUUCACCUCCAUCUUCUCUCCUAUAUUCCUCCUCUGGCUUCUUCGUCCUCUCAUAACUCUUCUCUCUCCCUUCCCUCAUAACUCUUCUCUCUCCCUUCCCUCUUCAUCCAGCCUCAUGCCGUUACGGAGCUGGAUUUUGAAUGGUACGUUGUCUCUUAUUUUGAAUCUGCGUAUUAGUCUGCAUACUUUCUCAAACUGUCUCUCCUGCUGCUCUUGCAGGCCUACCUUCUCACUAAAACAACGGGCUUCCUGACUGAGGCUACUCCUACUUAUUCGGAGUAG